AUGAGCCGCUUCGUGCGACCAUCCAAGUAUCGGCACGUCUACGGCUCCCCAGCCAAGCCAGAAGCAUCGUACUUGGGCGUCAAGGCGUCGCAGAAUGCGUGGGACACCAAUCUCCUCGCCGCAAACAAGCAGUACCUCUCUCUCAACUGGCAGGCAGGAGGUGGAGGAGCCUUCGCCAUUAUCCCUACCAGUAGAGUAGGGAAGCUGCCCGAUGUCUAUCCACUCUGCAGGGGCCAUACGGCUACGGUCCUCGAUACGGCCUUCUCACCUUUUGAUGAUUCCGUCGUCGUAUCAGGGGCUGAUGACGGGAACUUGGGGAUCUGGAAGGUUGAAGACUCCAUCUUUGAUGUGCUGGAUAUGAGUGCCAAGGAGCUGGAGAGCCAUGGUGGAGUCAAGGACAUGCAGCCCAGGGCUAAGAUCGAUGCCAGUGGAAGGAAAGUCGGCCAGGUCAUGUUCCACCCGACUGCAUCCAAUGUCGUAGCCGCCGCUGGAGGUGACCACGUCAUCAAGCUCUUCGACAUUGAGUCCCAGAAGGAGCACUCCGCCCUCAGCGGCUUCACCGAUUCGAUUCAGUCCAUCGACUUCGACUGGACAGGCUCGACCCUUGCCGCCAGCUGCCGUGACCGCAAACUGCGCAUCUUUGAUCCUCGAGCAGGCGGCCAAGCCGUGCAGGUGGCAGACAGCCAUCCCGGUAUCAAGGGCUCUCGUGUCAUUUGGUGCGGGUCGACCAAUCGACUCGCCACUACGGGCUUCAGCAAGACCUCAGACCGUCAGCUGUGGGUCUGGGACUCGGGCAAUAUCAAGACGCCCAUCAAGCAGACGCUCAUCGACACUUCAUCAGGCGUAAUGAUGCCCUUCUGGUCGGACAACUCCAUCAUCUUCCUCGCUGGAAAGGGAGACGGCAACGUCCGCUACUACGAGCUGGACAGUGACGAGCUUCACUAUCUCUCCGAGUACAAGUCCACUGACCCGCAACGAGGAAUGGCUUUCUUGCCGCGUCGUGAUUUGAACGCCGACGAGAACGAGAUUGCCCGGGCCUACAAGUUGACCAACAACAUGAUUCAACCCAUCAGCUUCAUCUGCCCAAGGCGAGCAGACUCGUUCCAGGCAGACAUCUUCCCACCCGCCCCUUCAUCGAAGCCGGCGUUGACGAGUCAAGAGUUCUUCGCGGGCAAGACUGCACUGCCCAACUUGAUCAGCUUGCAGGAUGGAUCUGGCGUCAGUUCCAAGGCUGCUCUACCUGCUGCAUCAGCCACAUCUUCGGCACCAGCGCCAUCACCGGCAGUCGCGCCCGCGUCAACGACCUCAUCAGCGCCCUCUGCAACACCGACUGCGACCAGGGCGACCCCGGCUAGCAGUGCGCCAGCUCCUGUUGCUGCUGCCGCUGCCAGUCCCGCGCCCACUCCUGCGCCGACGAAGGCCACUGACCCGCUUCCGGAGCCGACAAGAGCGGCUAAGAAUGGUGCAGAGUCUGCACCCAAAACGACAGCGCCUGCCAGCGUCACCUCCGGUAUUGGUGACCUGGCCAGCGAGCUGCAACGCCUUCUUGCCGACUCGGCCGCUCGCGAUGCCCGCCUUCGGGAGCUCGAGAUCGAGAACGAGAAGCUCAAGACGGAGCAUCAUCGCCUACGUGAAGAUCAGAAUGGCGGCAACGGCACUGCUGCUCCCAGCGGCGGCGACAAGAACUUCUCAGCGGACCGCUUCUUUGAGACGCAGUCGGCUCCUAGCAAUUUGAGCGACUUCGGGGACAAGGCGCGGCAAUUUGUGGAUCGCCAUGCCAAGGAGGGGAGGAAGGUCGUGCUUGUGACGGUGAAUAGCAAGGAUGGGAGAGUUGUGGAUGAGAUGAGCUUCGCGCCUUAG